AUGUACGCACGAGCUCUGGUCAUGGUCGACUCUGACCCGCUCUCCCCGUCGCCUCCUCUGCCCACGGAUGCGUCGAUGACCUCUCCCCUCUCGAUCAAUCUCGCCUCGAACAUGGAUGGCCCCGCCAAGAAGACACCAGCCCCACUACGCAAGCGGGUCUUCUCCAAGGAGGAGGUGGCAACCCACAACUCGGAGGAGUCCUGCUGGCUCAUUGUGGGGAACGACGUGUACGAUGUCACGGCCUUCCUCGCCCUCCAUCCUGCCGGUGCCAAGCCCCUCCUACGACGAGCGGGAGGCGAUGCUACGCGCGACUUCUCCUUCCACUCUAGGACCGCCCAGAAUAGCUGGCGACAAUACAAGAUCGGCGUACUCGAAGGCUCUGAAUCCUUCUGCCUCCUCAUGUGA